CCCAACCCAAACUUCCGACCAUCACCCUCCCAACGCCGCACGCCGUGGAUGCUUCCGACUGCCUGCGAUUGCAUCUGUGAACUGACUGCCCUUGCCCCGGCAACAGCCUUUGCCCCGGUGCUGCUUCCGCUCUUUGGCCGAGCACGGAACGACAAUGACAGGAUACGACCGAAUCGUCGAGGCCGAUGCCGAGGAGGAGUGCCGGGCUUGGAUACGCAAGCUUAUCGACGCAAAGGACGAAGUUGUGGCCUUUGUAGAUGCUCGCCUGAAUGGCGGUGGAGCCGGGACGUACAAGGGCUUCUUCAAGGGAUCUUUCAACCUUAGCUACCACAUCGACUUCGGCGAUCGACGACCAAGCGUUCUCAUCCGCUUCGCAAUGCCGGGCGAGUCGGUAACGCCAUGGAGGGCCGAAAAGGUCGCGAACGAGGUGCGAUUCAUAGAGUAUCUCCGCGAGAACACCUCCAUUCCUCUACCCCACAUACACUGCUGGGGAUCAGUGGAGGAGAGCCCGCAGCAGUUGGGGCCAUUUAUCAUCAUGGACUUCGUCCGGGGGACUCGUCUGUCGACUUUCCUCAGGCGGCCGACUGACGACGAAUACGAGGCAGCGAUCCUGAACCCAGAUCUGAACGAGGCAACGCUCGACAAGGUCUACGAGCAAAUCGCUGAUUACAUGCUUCAAAUGUCUUGUCUCGCAUUCUCCCGUAUCGGCGCCAUCUCCAAGGAUGACGGCGAAUCGGGGACAUGGACUGUUACUGGGAGGCCCCUGACAUUUGACAUGAACAUAUUGGCGACCAGCACAGGCUACCCCGUGGACCAGUUUCACACUGCACCGUUAGAUCUCGCGAGUGACUUCUUCGAGUUGGUGGCGCGCCAGCAUCUCCUGCACCUCGAUACCCAGCGAAACCUUGCCGACGACGAGGCCGACGCUCAGAGGCGGUUCGUCGCCCGUCAGCGGUUCAAGCAGCUCAUCCCAAAGUACUGCACUGACAACGCCGGGCCGUUCAAGAUCUUCUGCGACGACAUGCAGCCCUCGAACAUGCUCAUUGACCCAGAUACCCUCCGUAUUACCGCCAUGCUCGACUUCGAGUUCACGAACAGUAUGCCGGCCCAGUUCGCGUACGACCCGCCAUGGUGGCUGUUGUUGAGGGGACCGGGCAUAUGGAUUGAAGACGACGGCAUGGACGACUUCUUGGCCAGUUACGUGCCCAGGAUGGAGCAGUUCCUACGAGCGCUGGAACGAGUAGAAGCAAAGUCGUCAUUGGUCCGGGGUGGAGGCCCGGCAGAGGAACUGCGUCUUUCCACCCGGAUGCGUGACUCGUGGAGGACCGGGUGUUUCUGGUUCAAUUAUGCGGCAAGGAGGUGCCUAGAUGUCGACGUCAUCUACUGGGAGGCCUUACAUGAUCAUGAAGAUGGCGAUGGUCUCUCCUUGCUCGACCCGGCGACGCGGGCGGAGGCAGGGCGCUUGGUACGGACAAAGAUGGAGCAGCUGAGCGCAUAUGAGGCCGAAUGUGCCACUCGGUUUCCCGAGGAAUCGUCGAAAUGAGCAGUUUUCCCUCUAAAGAAUGAAAGUCAAACAAUCAAGCGCCUCCCCUUGCCAGAUCAGGCACCCAAGCCCCCCCACUCCUCAAAGAAAUCAAGAAUGGAGAGAAAGACGAGUGCGGAAGUCAUUCCUAGCCGAGUCCCAAUCAUGAAUAAUGGCGAAAGAAAGCGAGCGGAGCUUGGCCAGACAAGCCGGUCUCUAAGUCGUGGUGGACCCUCCUCCGCCGCCACUCUUCCUACGCUCCUUGGAUGCCUCAGCCGCCUUCUUCGCCAUGUCUUCUGCCUCCUUUUUCCUAGUCGCCUCCCGACGCUCCUUGGAGGCAUCGGCCGCCUUCUUCAUCUGCUCCUCCUCAUCCGGAGUGGGGACUUUGAUGAAACCGCCACUAUCGGUCAUGCUGGUCGCUUGGGCGGUUUAGGCUUUGGUGUUUGGA